AUGCUUCCUCGGAAGUUGAAGCAAUUGGUCUUUGUAUCUUUUCACAUUUUUCUGGUAGUGUUGUUCGUUGUGGCGAACAAUGACUUUUGUGCAAGCGUUUUUGAAACUCAUGUUGGUAAGUAAUAACUCGAUCAGAACCUGCGGCUUCAUUUUUUUUAUAGUUGAUGUUUCCACAUCGCCAGUUUCCUAUUGCAAAUUUUUUCAGAUUUCACUUUACUUGAUCACGUCAUCAACAAAACUGAUGUUGCCGAUGAGCUUGAAUGUCAGCUAAAAUGUAUGGGAAACAAAAGUUGCAAGUCGUUUAAUGUUCACCGCAAUGGCAAUAAUGCGAAGAAGCUUUGCGAGCUCAACAACAAAACCCGGCAGAUGAAGCCAGGUGAUUUUAAACGGAAGAAAGGAUCUACAUACUAUGGUUCAGUUCAGGUCAGUUGAAAAUAUGUUUCUGGUGUACACAUAUUCCUUUUUAUAUUCGAGAGCGGCACAAGGCGAAGAUAAAGAAACAAAAAAUCUCUUUGGUAAUCCGUUUUUAAGCUAGAAAUUUAGAGCACCGUUACCCUUUUUUUAACAACCUUCAUUAUCAUCAUUAACUCAUCCUCAUUUUCAUAAUUAUCAUUUUUUUAUUGUGCAAAGAAGAACAGCUAACUGAGAAAAUUCAACUGCAAAAGCUCUUAUUGGUCAAUUUUAGAGCGUGUGUGUAAUUAUACAUAUUCUUGUUAUACUUGGUUUUGCUCACUGUCUUCCCGAAAAAAAAGUGUGUAAACUAACCUCUUAUCCUACUCUUUAAACCUGGCAACAGAAAUCUAAAGAAGUAUCCCAAGGCCAAUGGAGAUUGAUUAACGAUUCAUUGGCCUCCCUUUGCUUUUCUUACAUUUGAAAUGAAAAAAACGAAAAGUCGUCUUAUGCUGUUAACCACUACUCGAAGUUAAAAAUAUAAAUCAAAGGAACUCAAACAAUCACCUCAAAAAAAAAAGCCCUAUUGAAUACCUAUCCUAAAAACCGACGAAAAACAACACGAAGAAACAUCUGUAUGUAAUAUAUUUUGAUAAAACCAACGCAGGGCACUUGUGUGGAUGUUUCUCGUCAGCGAAGCGGCAAAACGAAGGGCGGCCAGUGCCAUCCGAACUACAAAGGAAAAUUGUGCCAAACACGUAAGUAAUAAAUAUCCUUUAACCUAAGAGUGACUAUUUGAUUGGUUCCUACCUAUGCUCCAUUGGUGGACAGACGCAUAACUGGCGUCAUUAUUCACAAGUUUGGCUUCUUUAUUAUAUUAAACAAAUUGAUUCCAUGUUGCCGUGCGUUCAGUUGUUAGUUACAUUCUCCCCUAAGAAUCAGUCAUUAGGAUUAAGGAAUUAAAGGAAAUGAUCACCUACGAGACAAGCCGUUGAUCGUUAAACAAAGACUCACUGUUAUUACCGCAGGCAAUGUGUAACGAAAAGUGUAGAGAAUAUGGGUAUUGAUGUAAAGGGUUAAAGCGCACUUGUAGAUUUUGUUGAUGAUAAUAAGAACUGCGAUUUAGGAACUGAAUUUGAUCUCUUUCUUUGAAAAUCAUCAAGUGAGACUUGGCCAGUCUGCUGCAAAUCCUGGAAAAUCUUGCAAGCAUAUUCUUGAAUCAAAAGACUCUGAAGGAGAUGGGGAAUACUGGAUCGACCCUGAGGGCAAAGGAAAUCCUUUGAAGGUCUACUGUGAUAUGAAAACUGACGGAGGUAGGUGAAUGGUGCCAAGAGAUGAUACCUGAUGGUAUAAAAAUAUGCAUCGCAAGCUGUCAUGUCCUAAUUAUCUACUUAUCAAAAAAAAAAAAAAAAAACAUUUUGGUGAGCAAAGAACGAUCUAAAUGUCAAGUCUAUUCCUUGAGCAGUUUAUAUUCAAUUUACCGUUUUGCCCUUGUACAUCAUAUUUUUUUCCAAUUUGAUAUGCGCAUUGGAAAUCUAUUAUGGAAUUUCUUCACUAAUUUUUUAUCAAGUGUGCGCUCCAGCGUAGUUGUCGACUGGGGCCUUAUUUGUUACCUGAUUAUUUUGGUAGCCAAGAAGGGUUCGACUGCCCAGCAUCCUGCUCGCUCUUGUAAGGAGAUCCGAGACUUUGGGGACUCCAUAGGAGACGUGGAGUACUGGAUCGACCCAGAGAACAAAAGGAAUCCUUUUAGGGUCUACUGUGACAUGAAAACUGAUGGAAGUGAGCCGAGCGUGAAUGACUUACCAACGAAAGGAGUUUAGUACGUCUGUUGCGUACACGUCACAAUGGAGAUUAAGAAUUUUGAAGUAAUUAAGGUGCCAUGCAAAACUUAAAAUAUACAAGAAAAACAUCAACGAUAAAACUUAAACAAAUGAUUUUAGACGAAGUAAGAUCUAGUGAAAAUCUUAAAGAAUAUGCAUUAUGGCGAGCGAAAAGAAAGCCAAAGAAAUAAAAUGUUGGAAUUAUUAAUAUCAACACACAAAAAACUCUAAGAGAGUACGAAAAUGCUCACGUGUGGUCCUUACUCUAAAGACUGUUUGAUAGUGUUGCGUAAUGUUUCAUUUCAGGAGGCUGGUUACUUGUAGCAAACUUUGUUUUGAACUCUACCUCACCCCCUGACUGGACCGCUGAGUCAUCAUACCGCGGAAUCAGAAACUUUGCCAACAACAAAAUGGGUAUCUCAGUGAGUGCACUGAAAGAACUCAGGUCACACUUGUCGUUCACUCAGCUACGAUUCCACUGCAGUAAGAAACAAGGUCGUACGUUCCACGUGACCACGGUCAGUAACAGCACCGGUGAAGCUGUGGUUGAGUACUUCAGCGGCCAGAAGGAUGUGCGUCCCGAUUCAUGUGGAUCUUUUCAGAGAAUGGAAGACGACAACUCUAAGUUGGUCAUUGAGUGUGAGAGUUGGAGUAAUGACGGAAAAUGGGGAUUUAAUGGAGGCGAUGUGGAACGGAGGCUGUACACAGGGUUCGCACGCGUUCCACGCAACUAUAAUUGGAAUCUACCAUAUGGAUCCUGGUAUUGCGAUGAUUGGUAUCAUGACCCCGUUUCGCCAGGAGAUUUUUGGAAAAUCUAUGUGCGCUAA